CGUAUUCAACCGACGAAAGAGGUAUGCAAGUUUUAAGUAUUGUGAUACACGGCGAAAUUCCGACGCUUAGCAGCAAGAUAUUAUCCUGUAUCGUUUCCUUGUUCAGUUCUGCUUUCGUUUUUUAUUGGAAAACAUUUUUCGAAGAUAUGGAAAUGAAAUAUCCGCCGUCCUUCGACGGCCGGGUAAUCAUUUAUCCUUCCGAACAAACUUUAAGGGAUUAUCUAAGUUGGAGACAAGUGGACUGUCACGUGAAUAACCAAUACAAUACAUGUUUUUGGUUGCUUGUACAGAAUGGUGCAACUCCGAAGGAAGCUUAUGAAACUUUAAAGGGGACAUACUCGGACUUCAAAAAUGAGCUUCUUUUUCAAAAGUUUGGUAUCAAUUAUUCCCAUAUAGAAGCUCGUUUUCGAAAGGGCUCAACUCUGUUUAAAAAACCUAGACAAGUCGCGAUGAAAGGUUCGAAAACCGUUUCUGAAAUCUUUCUCACGCAUGAAGAUAUCAUAAGAGAUGAAUUUUGGAGCAAAAAUAAGGAUUUGCUGGAAGACCGAUGAUUCUCAAGAGGAAAGAUUUGGCGGGCUGUUCAAAUUGA